AUGUCGCGGUCAUUUGUGCUUUACACGAUUUUCUUAAUCACCACACUCGCUCUCGGCGCGCCGACAGAGCGCCACUUGAAAGGCAGGUCUUUUGAAGUGGAACGUGUUCGGCGCAGCAACUAUAUCCCGCAUGGCUUGUCAGCUAUCAAGAAGGCCUACCGCAAGUUCAAUAUCUCGUCUACGAGCUUUGGCCUGGAGGCACUCGAAUACGAGCCUAUCGAUACCCCCAAGACCGCUACAAAUGCCGCUAACGCUGCCCAGGGGGGCACUGGUGGAAACGGAGCAGUCUCUGCUACUGCGACUGCUAACGACGCUGAAUUUGUGUCUCCAGUCAGUAUUGGUGGCCAGACUGUGAUGAUGGAUUUCGAUACGGGCUCCUCUGAUCUCUGGGUAUUUAACUCGCAGCUGCCAGCUGCUGAUCAAAAGGGACACACUGUCUUUGAUACUACAACUUCAACCUCGUUCAAAAUGUUACAGGGAGAGACAUUCAGCAUCUCGUACGGUGACGGGUCCUCAGCCUCGGGUAAUGUUGGUACUGACAUCGUCAAUAUCGGUGGCGCGACAGUCCAAACCCAGGCUGUUGAACUUGCAAAGAAUGUUUCUGGCUCAUUCCUUUCUGAUACUUCUUCCAACGGCCUUGUCGGGUUCGCCUUUUCGAAACUCAACACUGUCAAACCAACACAGCAAAAGACUUUCUUCGACAAUGUCGCUAGCUCGCUAGCCCUGCCCGUGAUGACUGUCUCUCUCAAAUCUGGUAGCAACCAAGGAUCCUACGAGUUUGGCAAAAUCGACACAGCCAAAUUCACUGGUCAGAUCACCAACGUGUCUGUUAACUCGGCCAAUGGGUUCUGGGAAUUUGAUUCAACCUUGUUCAAGGUUGGAGAUAGCGGAGCUAUGCAGCAGAUCACAACAGCCCCUACUGCGAUUGCCGAUACCGGCACCUCAUUGAUGCUUGUGGCUCCCGAGGCCGCUCAAGCGUAUUAUGCUCAGGUCCAAGGUGCGAUGCAGGACCAGACUGCUGGUGGAUAUGUGUUUCCCUGUGGCGCGACAUUGCCUAGCUUUUCGAUUGCAGUGGGCGGCCAAAAUCUCGCCACCGUCCCUGCUACAGUUCUCAACUUUGCCACGGUUGGAAAGGACACGCAAACUGGUCAGACUUUUUGCUACGGCGGCAUCCAGUCCAGCGGCGCCAACCAGUUUAUGAUCUUUGGGGACGUCUUCCUGAAAUCUAUGUUCGUCGUCUUCGACCAAAGAGGCCCUUCGCUUGGCCUGGCUUCUCCUACCUGA